CAUAUACUCUCUCUCUCUAUAUAUAUAUAUACACGCGCAUUAUAUAUAUACACACAUCCCAAUUCCCAAGCUCUGAACCAUAUAUAUACGUAUAUAUAUUUAUAAAUAUAGUCUUGUGAUCCAUGUAUAAUAUGAGACAGAAAAUCAUAGUAACACAAAGAUGACAACCGGCAGCAAAGGAGAAGGGAGUGGCAGUGGCAGUGCUCCGGCGUCGGCGGAUUCCGGUGUUGAGUGUUGCAUGUGUGGAGAUCAUGGGCUGUCGUUUGAGCUUUUCCGAUGCAAAUCUUGCCAAGUUAGAUCCCAGCACAGAUAUUGCAGCAAUUUGUAUCCGAAAGCGGAGUCUUAUCGCCUCUGCAACUGGUGCCUAAGCGAGAAGGAUAACUCUUCGAAUUCCUCGUCGUCGUGUCGAGUCAAAACGGAAGGUGAUCGGAAAAUCAAGAAUGAAAAAUUCCCGCCGCCUCCGCCGCCGCAGCAGUCGUCGUCUCAUGAAAAGAAUAUAUGUAAAGGGUCAAGCCCAAAGGGGAAAAAGGCCCCUAUGAAGCUGCGAGUCAAGAGUCCUCCUCCCAUCACCAAACAGAAGACGAACCCGUCGCCGGAACAAUCGCCGCCGUCGGUGGUCGCCAGAAAAAGGGUCGCCGCCGGCGGUGGCGGCAGCAUUGAGGAGAGGCUGAGGAGGACUAAGUCGGAAAACGGAAUCGUAAAACCUGUGUUUAGAAACAAGGUGAGAAGGUACAAGCUUUUGGAAGAGGUCUCAAGCUAGCUAAAAUUAUUGAAUAAAAUAUACUGUUUUGAUGAUACAAAAAUAAUAAUAAUCAAUUUUCUCAUAGAUUUUUCUUUUUUCUGGGCUUUAUUAUUUUUGUUUUUGUUCUUGUGGUUUUCAUUUUCAUGGUCCCAAAAAUUCCUUUUA